AUGCCACCAACUCGCUCUCAAAAUCCUAUUAAAAAGCAGGAAAAAUUGUCAAUUCGUCAAGCAGCAGAGAUAUACGAUAUACCGAAAUCAACGCUCUAUGACCGGAUAAAUGGAGUCAAUAACCGCGUCGAAUCACGCGCAAAUUCGACAAAAUUAACCGAAAUCGAAGAGAAUUCGUUAAAGUAA